AAAGGCGGCGGCGAGGCCGACCAGCUCGCCGCCAUUUUAAGCAGUGGGCUCUGAGGAGCAGCACUCGCGGCCGGAGCAGCUCUUUUCUUCCUCUACCCUCCGCCACCACCAUGUCGCGGGAUCGGUUCCGUAGCCGUGGCGGCGGUGGAGGCGGCUUCCACCGGCGUGGGGGCGGCGGUGGCCGUGGCGGCCCAAACCACGAUUUCCGUUCUCCGCCGCCCGGCAUGGGCAUGGGCCAGAAUCGCGGCCCUAUGGGAGGCGGCCCGCAGGGCCCGGGCGGCCCACCGGGCGGGGGCCCGAAGCCUGAGCCUCCGAAGCCACCUGUGUCAACCUCUGCUCCACCUUCUUCGUCUUCUUCAUCCGCCUCCACCACAGCGGGAACUGCCAGCAGCCAGGCAGGUCCAGGAGCGCCUCCGCCGUCCACACUGCCCGCGGGGCAGCAACAGCAGCAGCAGCAGACGACCCCGGUCUCGACGCCCUCUUCUACUCCAUCCGGCCCCGGAGGGCAGCCGCAGCCUAAACCGAGCCCCAGCCCCACCCCCGCCGGCGGUCCUAAGAAAGGACAAGGACAAUCUCCUGGUGGCGGGCCCAAGGGACCGGGAGGUCCCCAACAGGGACCCGGUGGGCCGCACAAGGGCGGGCCGGGGCACCGCGGCGGGCCGGGGGGCGAGCCACGGGGCCGCGGGCAGCAGCAGCACCAGGGACAGCAGAGCCUCUCCUCGCAGCAAGGCUCGGCCGGUGGCGGCAGCGGCGGCGAGAAGCUCUCGGACGAGGGAUUUAAAGCAAACCUCUCCCUUCUGAGGCGACCCGGGGAGAAGACCUAUACUCAGCGUUGCCGCUUGUUUGUUGGGAAUUUGCCUGCUGAUAUAACAGACGAAGACUUUAAAAGACUGUUCGCCAAAUAUGGGGAGCCAGGAGAGGUUUUUAUCAACAAGGGGAAAGGCUUUGGAUUCAUUAAAUUGGAAUCUAGGGCCCUUGCAGAAAUUGCGAAGGCAGAACUGGACGAUACCCCCAUGAGGGGCAGACAGCUUCGUGUUCGGUUUGCCACACAUGCUGCUGCUCUUUCCGUGCGUAAUCUUUCACCUUAUGUGUCCAACGAGUUAUUGGAGGAGGCCUUUUCUCAGUUCGGUCCAGUGGAAAGAGCUGUUGUGAUUGUAGAUGAUCGAGGUAGAUCAACGGGAAAAGGCAUUGUUGAGUUUGCAUCAAAGCCAGCUGCAAGAAAAGCAUUUGAACGGUGUACUGAAGGAGUGUUUUUGUUGACAACCACUCCUAGGCCAGUUAUUGUGGAACCUUUGGAACAACUGGAUGAUGAAGAUGGUCUUCCAGAAAAACUUGCUCAGAAGAAUCCGAUGUAUCAAAAGGAAAGAGAGACUCCUCCUCGUUUUGCUCAGCCUGGCAGUUUUGAAUUUGAAUAUUCCCAGAGGUGGAAAUCUUUAGAUGAAAUGGAAAAGCAGCAGAGAGAGCAAGUAGCAAAAAACAUGAAAGAUGCCAAGGACAAACUUGAAAGUGAGAUGGAAGAUGCUUAUCAUGAGCAUCAGGCAAACCUCCUGCGUCAAGAUCUCAUGAGGCGUCAGGAAGAGCUCAGACGCAUGGAAGAGCUCCACAAUCAAGAGAUGCAGAAGCGCAAGGAAAUCCAGCUGAGGCAGGAGGAGGAGCGCCGCAGGAGGGAGGAGGAGAUGAUGAUACGCCAGCGGGAGAUGGAAGAACAGAUGAGAAGACAGAGGGAAGAGAAUUAUAGUAGAAUGGGUUACAUGGAUCCAAGGGAGAGAGACAUGAGGAUGGGUGGUGCCACCACAAUGAACAUGGGAGAUCCUUAUGCUUCUGCAGCCCAGAAAUUUCCACCUCUGGGAGGUGGUGGCGGAAUAGGUUAUGAAGCUAAUCCAGGAGUUGGCCAAGCAGCCAUGAGUGGUUCUAUGAUGGGAAGUGACAUGCGUCCUGAACGCUUUGGGCAGGGAGGUGCGGGGCCCGUGGGUGGCCAGGGUCCUAGAGGAAUGGGGCCUGGAACACCAACAGGAUAUGGUAGAGGGAGAGAAGAAUAUGAAGGCCCAAACAAAAAGCCCCGAUUUUAGAUGUGACCUGUAGUUUCAUUCCAGUUUGGUUUUUUGUCUGUCUUGUUUAGACACCAACUUUUUAAUUCUUGCAUUUUAGUAAGAAAGCUACGUUUUUAUGGAUGUUAGAAACUUACUGACCUAAUAUUUGUAAGUGGUCUGUUUGGGCGAGUACAAUUUAAUUAUGUAAUGCAGUGUUUCAAAACAAAUUUAGCUGUUUUUUUGAUGUAUAACGUCCCUAACUUGAUGGCAGUGUACCUUGUGCCACUGAAUUCCCAAAGUGUACCAACUUUUUUUUACUGUGCUUCAAAUAAAUAGAAAACUAAAUGUAGUAACUCUCCUUUGCCAUUCGUGGUUAAACAAAUGAGGCUAAAGUACCACACCUACAGUAAGCCCAGAGUCCUGAAUAGAGGUCAAACCAGACCAGGGUGUGGAACUGGGGUGAAGAGAGAUCUCCUCCCAGAAUGCCUCUAGCCUAAGAUUGGGCCAAACAGUAGCCAAACUUUCCAGUAAGGUGCAGGUUUUUUGAGCAUUAAUUGUGCUGCAAUAAGGAAGUAAAUUAAAACUCUUGCAAGUGCUGUAAGACAAUAACUGAAGCUACGCUGCAAGCAGUGCAGUAUGUAACAUGUCCUCUUUUAGCUCUGGCUAACGGGUGGUGGGAUGGUAGCACGUAACCACCUUGGCAGUUACUGCUUGGUAUCUUUUAAAGACUUAAAGCAGAAGACUAGCAAUGGUUACUUGAAAAAGACAAAACCAUAGAAUGACUUGUACUGGCUGACUUCAGAACUAAAGGAUUGUUAAUGUGAUGUUUAUAUGCUCUUAAGCUCUCUGCGAUUACAGGAUCUGGCCUUGCUCCGUAUUGUACGUGAAAUUGCUUGGCAAAAAGACCAGACGUGUUACUGGAGUGAUUUAAAGUUAACUUGCUUGUGUCCUCAUGCUAAUUGAGUGGACUAAUUUGCCUAGUUCAGAAUACAAUCAUUUGUAUUACGAGGACUGCAGGAACUAUUCUUAAAUCGUGUAGCCAGUGGGCAAAUUAUGUAAACUACAGAAAUUAGCUUGCUUGCAUGAUGGUUAUCGCUCUUUUAUUAUUGAUGUUUGGAGAUAAUGCUUCAAAAGUAGUAUCUGAAUCUGGAGUUUAAUAGUUAAUACUACACAGUGCAAAUAAACUCCCUUUAAGGUUCUUUUGUAGAAGAUUUGCUGAAUUCGUUAGCUUGCUGUUCAUUUCAUUAAGCCCCAGAAGAAUCUCAGAGCAUUCUGGACUCAUUGCUAAGGUAGUUUCUUUGCUUAUUUAUUACACUGUACCAGAUAAGCUGGGAACAUGACUUCCCAGUGUCAGAUACCUUGGUGUUAAUGCAGGAUUCGUCAACCUGCUUGGCACAAAGUAGGUAAAGUUAUUUUGGCUGUACCUUCACACCAUUCCCCAACUACCCAGCAUUCUGUGAGUAGCUUUUUAAUCUUCCAGAGGUCUCUUUUUUUUUCCCAUUUCUUGUGCUAAGUAUUGGCUAAUUCUAAAUUCUAUGCCAAAUUUUUUUUCCUCUGUGGUUAAAACUUCAGUAUCAGAUUUUUGCAGUAUUUGAGAGUGCAGAUGAUUUGAUCCCUCUUGAAGUGUUCACUGGAAGUGCUGUUACUCCUUACAUAAAAAAAAUAGCAUGUUGUGAGAAGCUGCUACCAGGUAACACAGGUGAGAGCAUGAAGUGUGCUAAAGAGCAACUCUGCUCACUUGAACGCUUCUUAUUGUCCCAGUAAGGUUUGGGGGUUGCUAACAUGCUACAGUGAUCGAUUGCUGUUCAGGAAAUUCCUGAUUGGCAGUUCCCAGAGUGUGGACCAAGCAUUUGGGAGUACUUGUAUUGGAUACUUAGUUUGAAAAUGAGCAGUUCCGAUGCAAUUUGCUUGAUUGAAGUAGUGUUAAUUAAUGCAUAUGUUCUCUGGAAGGGUGUUCAUGGGACACCCGCUAAAGGUUGAAGGUGUCUUGAGGUGGGGAAUUCUGAACUUAAACAUUAAAUUAAUUUUUUUCAGUUUA